GGGCCUCCAGUCCACUGAUAUUAAUACCAAAGCCCUAGCUUCCAAUCUUCAACUUCUUCGACCCUAAAUCCUCCAACUGAAAAACCUAGCAGCGGUACCCACCCCUUGCGCCGGAAGUUAGCGAUAAUGGCGUAUGCAGCGAUGAAGCCUACGAAGGCUGGUUUGGAGGACGCACAAGAGCAGAUCCACAAGAUUAGGAUCACUCUUUCGUCGAAGAACGUGAAGAACCUUGAGAAGGUCUGUGCCGAUUUGGUUCGGGGUGCCAAGGACAAGAGAUUGAGGGUCAAGGGACCUGUGAGGAUGCCAACGAAAGUCCUGCACAUCACCACCAGGAAAUCUCCAUGCGGUGAAGGUACCAACACAUGGGACAGAUUUGAACUUCGUGUUCACAAGCGGGUCAUUGACCUCUUUAGCUCUGCCGAUGUUGUUAAGCAGAUUACAUCUAUCACCAUUGAACCAGGUGUUGAGGUUGAAGUAACAAUUGCUGAUUGAUGUGUUCCAUAAUUCUGAAGUUCUUUAAUCCACUCUUAGUUAUUUAGGUUUCCAUGUACUCUGUUGUUUCAAUCUCAAAUUGUUAAGGUUAAUGCGUUAUCCAUUUUUGCCAUAAUUUUGAAGCUUUACUUAUUUUGAGAGGAAGAUUUUGUCUUCUGUCAUUUCGUUAAAAUCUUUGGAUUUGUUAAUUUAGGUGGAAAGUUAAAAUAUUAA